AUGUUUGUCUUGUAUUUAGUUGCCCUUGCUUCAUCUUCAAAUGAUGAUUCAUUAGAAAAGAACAUACUCGAAGAAGUAUCAUCAGAAUCAACAACAGUUGAAACCCAGGGUAACGCAUCUAAACCAGAAUUUGGUGUAUAUAAUACUACGAUUGAGUAUGAAUCUUAUUAUUAUAGUUUAACACCAAGUGUUACAAAAGGAAAUAUAUCAAUCAGUGCAGUAACAAAAGUCAAAACAAUUUCAGUAACUCAAGUAUUAAUUAACCGUGAAACACCACCACCAACUCCAACAUUACAAUACAAAUUUGUUUUUCUAAAGCCAUAUAUUCUAGUAGGAGUCCCUGCAUUAAUAUUGUUCUUAAUAGGAGCAAUAUAUGCAAUCUUCUGUAUGAGAAAAACAUCUAUUAAUUAUGCAAAUUAUCUCAAAAAUUUGAGCAAGGAGAAAGCCAAAAAUAAUAAUAGAGAUGAUGAUUCGAUGGAUGUCCUUGACAGAAGACCUAAGAGAAAGAGAGCUGCAACAAAAGUUGAGAAAAAGCCGUCUAGACAAAGAAUUCCGAAGAGAUCAACAACAGUACGUCAGCAUCGUCAUUAA